CAGAUGCUCUUCACCUCCCCUCCCCUCCCCUCCCCCCCUCUCCCCCCAGCUUUCUUUACAGUUUACACAUGCUCUCUCACUCUCUCUCCGUUUCGGUCUUUCCCACUGUCCGACCAUUGUCAUCGUUUGGAAUCGUUUUCGGACUAUUUUCCCCUUUUUAGUAUCAUAUGCCUGCAAAUUUUCUAAUGUUUUCAGCGAAUUCUUGGAACUUUGGGAAAAAAGUAUGUCGCUGAUUCAGUGAAAACCAUGUACGCUGAUUGUGCUUUAAGUCCACGACUUUACAACUUGAAAACCCAACAAAACUCUAGCAGAAGUUUUAAUUAAUACACUGAGAGAAAGAGACGAAGACAAGAAAGAGUAGCUUUUUGUUUUUUUUUGGUUUUGGAAGUUGGGCGGGGAUAGUUAGCGUAGGAACAUCAUCAAUAUAAGAAACAUUUAUUUGGGUUUCAAUCAAAGUGGUCCUUAGAUUGGGUGAUAUCUGUGGUGGGUUUCGGAGGGUUUGGAGUAAAAAGUUGGAGACGAUCGCGAGCUCCUUGCAAUGCAGACUCUUAAGUACCCUGCAGAAGAAGGGAUAGAGUUAGGAAAGAUGACGGAACACAAAAGGAGCCCCUGUUCUGUUGAGACAAGUCUCACUUCUCUUACAUCCAAACGGCAUAAGGCUGAUUUGUCGGCCAAGGAGAGGAAGGAUAAACUUGGCGAGCGAAUUGUGACUCUGCAACAACUUGUUUCACCUUAUGGGAAGACAGAUACAGCUUCUGUCCUUUUGGAGGCAAUGGAAUACAUACAGUUCCUUCAUGAACAAGUUAAGGUGUUGAGUGCUCCAUACCUCCAAAGUACCCCAAGUGUAAUGCAGGAAUUGGGACCAUACAGUUUGAGAAGCAAAGGUUUAUGUCUUGUUCCAGUCUCUUGCACAGCUGGAGUUGCUCGAAGCAAUGGUGCAGAUAUCUGGGCCCCUAUCAAGACUACUUCUCCCAAGUUUGAGAAGGCUUUUUCUCAAUUCCAUUGAGUUAAUACGUCGCACAGAAACCGCAAGGGUUUUGAUGCGGCUAGAAUGGUGGUGUAAAGGGUAACCAACUUUUACUGUGCAACAAAUAUAUGUUGGGCAGAAGCAAGUUUAUGACCGAAAACUUCAGCACGGUGCAUCCAUGGAAAUAUGGAACGUGAAUAGGCUAUCUUUUGAACCGUGGGAAAGCAAUUUCCUCAACAUCCUGAUUUUAAGCUGGUAAUGGUAGAAGCUUCCUAGUAUCGAAUGAGUAUCUCUGUACUGAUUAUGGCAAAAUGUAUAUUUAGAAAACCUGAGUUGUAUAAGGAUGAUGAUAAUUAAUUAAUGAAUAUAUGGAGGGGGGAAAUAUAAUUUUACAUAA